AGCAUAGAACAAAAUGCAAAUCUCACUCAGUUUGUUGCUGCUUGGCCUGUUUGCCAGCUGUGCCUUGGCUUAUCCUUAUCCUUACGCCUAUGAGCAGGCACAGGAUCUAGAAGCAGCUGCAGCUUAUACGCCAGAGGAGCAAUCUCAUGAGCGCGUGCGUCGUCAGUUUAGUCUGCAGGGUGGAGGAGGCGGCAGUCCACGUCAAGGCUUCGAUCUGAGCCUCAAUGGACGUGCACCUGUGUGGCAGAGUCAGAAUGGACGACAUUCUCUAGAUGCUUUGGGACAAUACUCGCAGCAUCUGGGUGGUCCUUAUGGCAAUAGUCGUCCCAAUUGGGGAGCUGGCGCAGCCUACACAUUUCGCUUUUAG